GUUUAAACUAUGAGAAAUAGGUCCCAUAAACUGGCUAAGUUUUCAUUGGCUUAUUUUUGGAAUCAAUGUAGAAGUAGUUAACGCUGGUCGCGUCCAAUAAAGACCAAGUAACAUGGAACCAAGUGAUAGUGAAAAGUAGCAGGUUGGCAGGAGGGAUACUUAAAAAAAGGGGGAUUUAGGAUUGAAGUAGAUAUAGCUUUUGAGAUCACGGGUACAACAAAAAACACGUAUAGGUAGUUGAUAGUACAACAAAUCUUGGGAGUGCAGUAGAGGGAAUGCAUUGGAACCUUAAGGUGUAAGAGAAACCUAUAUUGGGAGGUGGAUGUAGUAGUAACUCCAGAUUUGUUUAAUUUGACAUCCAUCCCAACGAUCACAGUAGAAGAAGCAUGGGGCCAGCAAGGUUGGAACCUAAAUUUCAGAAGGUUGUAUGAUUGAGAGAUAUAGAGAGUUGUUGUAUUGUUCAAACAACUGGAGCUGUUUCAAGGGAUUACUUAUAACGAGGAUUCAUUGCUCUGGAAAGGCAAGAAUAACAAGUUGUUUACAGUUAAGUCUGCCUAUUUUAUUGUCUCGGGAAAUGAAGUCAAGAUAGCCAGUGGCCUACUAAGCAGAUUUGGAAGACUAAGAUUCCUUUCAAUGGGGGCUUGUUUUACUUGGUUGGUUGCCAAACAAGCCUGUCUCACUAAGGAAAAGUGAUGAGAAGGGGCAUUUAUAUGUGCUCUAGAGGCCACCUGUGUCAGACUGAAACAGAUCGCCAUAGUCAUUUACCCCUGCAUUGUGUGGUAGCACAUCGACUCUUUCAGCUGUUUCUUAGCAUGACUGGAUUUAAAUGGACCAUGGCUAAGACAACAAAGAAGCUGUUGAUUGCUGGAAUACUGUUAAGCAAAAGAGAUGGUGGAGAAUAAUACCAGCUUGUAUCUGGUGGAUAUGAUUGAAAAAAGGAAUGCAAGAUGUUUUGAAGAUAGAAGUAGCUCGGAGGUCGAGGUUCCUCUGAAUAAGCGGCUCGUACUGUCAUUCUUCCUUCUAGGAUUAACUGGUAUUUUUGGUUGCCAACUGUUGUUCCUUGUUGGUCUUGGCUUCACGAAUCCGACUUAUGCUGCUGCUUUGCAACCUGCAAUACCAGUCUUUACGUUCAUACUUGCUGUUCUCAUGGGUACGGAAACAGCGAAACUUCUUACUGUGGAAGGUCAGACGAAGGUUGGAGGUACUAUUGUUUGUGUUUCUGGGGCAAUUUUAAUGGCUAUUUCCCGUGGCCCAGUGGUGUUUGGAGACAGCACGGUGGACUUCACAGCACAAAUUGAGAUAAGUGCUAAGGUUCAACCAGAGCCUGCUGGAUGGCUAAUGUCUAGCUUUCUAGAGUUGGGAUUUGAUAAUUGGCACCUUGGCGUCUUAUGUUUAAUAGGAAACUGUAUGUGCAUGGCAGCAUACUUUGCUUUCCAGGCUCCAGUUUUGGAAAAAUACCCAGCAAACUUAUCAUUGACAGCACAUUCAUACCUUUUUGGUGUUCUAUUAAUGAUUGGGACGUCAUUUUUUGUGACCAAUGGAUCAACAGACUGGUAUUUGACACAAUCUGAACUUGUCGCUGUGUGCUAUGCUGGAAUUCUGGCAUCAGCCCUGAACUAUGGACUUAUGACAUGGUGCAAUAAGGUUCUUGGCCCUGCUUUAGUUGCUUUAUACAGUCCGCUCCAACCAGUAGCGUCAGCAAUUUUAUCUAGUGUUUUUCUUUGGAGCCCUAUUUAUCUGGAAGCAUUUUAGGAGGACUUCUCAUUAUAGCUGGACUUUAUUUAGUAACUUGGGCAUCUUACAGAGAGAAACAGGCAGCUAUGGGAACUAUAACUCAUGAUCCGCGGAUAACGGAUCCCCUAAUCCCAUAUCAGAUAGAAUACAUUUCCUUUGUUCCUUCUUCCUCAAUGCCAAAGACCAGUGAUUAGAUACUGCUACAAACACCAUUUGCAUGUCCAUUUUAUUCAUCCUCUUCAUGUUAAUAUGUAUAGUGCAGUUCAUUGCUAAGAACAAUGUCACUAUGUAUUGCAGUUUUAUCAAGUUCUUUUUCAGAAGUUAA